GGUUUCUGCCCUCUUACGGCGUUCUCCAAGCCCACGGGAAAGGCUGAGGUUUUUUUGCAUUUCUGUCUGUGGUCCGGGAAGAGGCAUAGGAUCCGAGGGCUCCCUCCAGUCCAGUGAAAUACACACUCGCUCGCUUCACACGGAGGCCGGAGUUGGAAGCGACCGACCGUUGAGAAACGUUAAAGAUUUUCUGGCAGUGGGAAAGGGAUUUUUUUCCCUUCCUCCCUCCCUGCCGAGGAAAAACAGUUCUAAAGAGAGAGUCACUUUGUAGUUGUAACUCCCAUUCAAAGACUCCCAGCCCGAGAAGCCGCCGAUCCCCGAUCCCCGUGCCUCUUGCGCGUAGUCUGUGGGAGGCUGUCACUGGUCCUCGCCGCCCUGCUCAUGAGUUUGCCGAGGACCAUCUUCCCCAGGAGGGAGACCGGGACUCAUGCAGGGGCGGCUAAGUCCAGUUCUGCUGCCACUCACCGGCCUGGAGAACAGGAGAGGAAGAAGCGUGGCCUCGCUUCCUCUCUAAGGAUGGAGCCCCACGGCCACUCCGGAAAGAGCCGGAAAUCCACAAAAUUUCGCUCCAUUUCCCGUUCUCUGAUCCUCUGCAAUGCCAAGACCAGUGAUGACAGCUCUAGCCCUGAUGAGAAGUACCCUGACCCUUUUGAGACUUCACUGUGCCAGGGCAAGGAGUUCCUUCACUCCUCCAUGCAGCUGGCAGACACAUCGGAGGCCGGGCUCAGCAACAUUCCAGAUCUGGCGCUGGCAUCAGAGGCUCCACAACUCCAAACAGCUGGGAGUGAUCGCGGCAAACACUGCAGGAAGAUGUUCUUCAUGAAGGAACCUUCUACAACUUCCUCCAGAGAAAAGACUGGAAAAUCAGAAGCACAAAGUAGUAGCUUCCUGUUCCCUAAAGUCUGCCACCAGAGGACACGCAGCAACUCCACCAGUGUUAAUCCCUAUUGCGCGGGAGAAAUUGAUUUUCCAGUGGCCAAGAAAUCUGCAGCUCCCACCGACAGGCAACCGUACUCUCUCUGUAGCAACAGGAAGUCUCUCUCUCAACAGUUGGACUACCCGGUUUCGGGCACUACAAGACCAACUCGGUCACUGAGCACUGCUCAGCUUGGGCAGCUGUCUGGGGGUCUGCAGGCUUCAGUCAUCUCCAACAUCGUGCUGAUGAAGGGCCAAGCAAAGGGCCUGGGCUUCAGCAUCGUCGGGGGAAAGGACAGCAUUUACGGUCCCAUUGGGAUUUACGUGAAGAGCAUCUUUGCUGGGGGCGCAGCUGCCGCCGACGGACGGCUCCAGGAAGGCGAUGAAAUCCUGGAACUCAAUGGCGAAUCAAUGGCUGGCCUAACACACCAGGAUGCCUUGCAGAAGUUCAAGCAAGCCAAGAAGGGGCUUCUGACCCUGACAGUGAGGACCCGCCUGACGGCACCCCCGUCCCUGUGCAGCCACUUGUCACCCCCUCUGUGCCGCUCCCUCAGCUCCAGCACGUGCGGUGCCCAGGACAGCAGCCCCUUCUCCUUGGAGAGCCCCGCGUCCCCUGCCAGCACCGCCAAGCCCAACUACAGGAUCAUGGUGGAGGUGUCUCUGCAGAAAGAGGCUGGUGUUGGCCUAGGGAUUGGCCUGUGCAGUGUCCCCUACUUUCAAUGUAUCUCAGGCAUCUUCGUUCACACGCUGUCACCUGGAUCCGUGGCGCACCUGGAUGGACGGCUGCGGUGUGGUGAUGAGAUCGUGGAAAUCAACGAGUCUCCAGUGCACUGCAUGACCCUCAAUGAAGUCUACAGAAUCCUGAGCCACUGUGACCCUGGCCCCGUUCCCAUCAUCGUGAGCCGACAUCCAGACCCACAGGUUUCUGAGCAGCAACUCAAGGAAGCUGUGGCUCAGGCUGUGGAGGGCAUCAAAUUUGGAAAGGAGAGGCACCAGUGGAGCCUGGAAGGUGUCAAAAGGCUGGAGAGCAGCUGGCAUGGGCGGCCCACCUUGGAGAAGGAACGCGAGAAGCACUCGGCACCUCCACAUCGAAGGGCCCAGAAGAUCAUGGUCCGCUCCAGCAGCGACAGCAGCUACAUGUCUGGGUCACCCGGGGGAAGUCCCUGCAGCGCAGGUGCGGAGCCACAGCCUUCUGAGAGGGAAGGCUGCACCCCCAGCCCCAGUCUGCCCCCAGGGCAGGAGCAAGAGCCCCAUCCUGGGGUCCUAUCCAGGCCUCAGCAGGAGAGCCCACCCCUUCCUGAGAGCCUGGAAAGAGACAGCCACCCGCCACUGAGACUGAAGAAAUCUUUUGAGAUUUUGGUGAGAAAGCCGACAUCCUCCAAACCCAAGCCUCCACCCAGAAAAUACUUUAAAAAUGACAGCGAAACUCAGAAGAAACUGGAAGAGAAGGUCACAGACCCUCCUGGCCACACCUUGCCCACAUGCAGCCAGGAAACCAGAGAGCUGCUGCCUCCACUGCCACAGGAAGACACAGCCAGGAGAAGCCCCUGCACCGCUGCCUGCUGCCCAGGGCCUGCAGUCAGCACACAGCCUUCGUCCUCUACAGAGGGGGAGCCAAGGAGGAGCGCCAGUCCAGCGUCACCAGGAAAACACCCGCUGCUGAAGAGGCAGGCGCGGAUGGACUAUAGCUUUGACACCAGCACCGAAGACCCUUGGGUUAGAAUUUCCGACUGCAUCAAAAACUUAUUUAGCCCUAUCAUGAGUGAGAACCAUAACCAAAUGCCAUUGCAGCCCAACACCAGCCUGGGUGAAGAGGACGGGACACAGGGUCACCCAGAGGGGGUCCUGUCAAAAAUGGAUACUGCCAAUGGUGCUCCCCGAGUUCACAAGUCGGCAGAUGGCUGUACUGUGAAGAAGGGGCCCCCGGUAGCCCCCAAGCCAGCCUGGUUUCGUCAGAGCCUAAAAGGUCUGAGGAAUCGUGUCCCAGACUCCAGAAGACUUCCGGAUGUAGCCUCGGCCAUUCAGCCAGCACCUGUUUCCAGGGAGUUAUCGGGGCCACACUCACAGGCCUCCUCCUCCUCCAUCAGGCAGAGAAUCAGCUCCUUUGAAAACUUUGGCUCCUCACAACUGCCAGAGAGAGGAGUCCAGAGACUGAGCCUGCAGCCCGGCUCCGGGGAGACCACCAAACUUCCAGGAAAACAAGACGGAGGACGGGUUUCUGGUCUCCCGGGGCGAGGGCCUACAGUUUCUGCUAAGCACAGGCAGGCAGCAGCAGAGCCAAUAGCCACAGGCUUCACUAACACCUCCGAGGUCAGGGACCCAGGUGUGUCUGAGUCCCCUCCCCCGGGCCAGAGACCCAGCCCCAAAGCUCUCUCCCCAGACCCUCUCCUGAGACUGCUGGCUGAGGAUGCUCAAGGCCCAGGCAUCAAGAUGCCAAGUCAGCGGGCACGGAGCUUCCCCUUGACCAGGACCCAGUCCUGCGAGACAAAGCUCCUGGACGAAAAGGCCAGUAAGCUCUACUCCAUCAGUAGCCAGUUAUCAUCGGCCGUCAUGAAGUCCCUGCUGUGCCUCCCAUCUUCCGUCUCCUGUGGCCAGAUCGCCUGCAUCCCCAAGGAAAGGGCGUCUCCAAAGUCACCUUCCGAUAACAACACAGCUCCAGAAGGUCCUGGUGAAGUAGUCGCCUCGGACACAGGGUUCUCCCUCAACCUUUCAGAGCUGAGAGAAUAUUCAGAAGGCCUCACCGAGCCAGGGGAAACUGAGGACAGGGAUCACUGCUCUUCUCAACCCGGCCAGUCAGUCAUCUCCCUGCUGAGCUCAGAAGAACUGAAAAAGCUCAUUGAGGAAGUGAGAGUCCUAGAUGAGGCGACACUGAAGCAAUUAGACAGCAUUCACGUCACCAUCUUACACAAGGAAGAAGGCGCUGGCCUCGGGUUCAGCUUGGCAGGAGGGGCGGAUCUAGAAAACAAGGUGAUCACGGUUCACAGAGUGUUUCCAAAUGGCCUGGCCUCCCAGGAAGGCACGAUUCAAAAAGGCUACGAGGUUCUUUCCAUCAAUGGCAAAUCUCUCAAGGGGGCUACCCACAAUGAUGCCCUAGCUAUCCUCCGCCAAGCUCGGGACCCAAGGCAAGCUGUGAUUGUCACCAGGAGAGCAACCGUGGAGGCCACUCAUGACCUGAACUCCUCUACUGACUCAGCAGCAUCAGCUUCAGCAGCCAGUGACAUUUCUGUAGAAUCUACGGAAGCCACUGUCUGCACAGUGACACUGGAGAAGACCUCUGCAGGGCUGGGCUUCAGCCUGGAGGGAGGAAAGGGCUCCCUUCAUGGAGACAAGCCUCUCACCAUCAACAGGAUUUUUAAAGGGACAGAACAGAGUGAGACAGUCCAGCCUGGAGACGAAAUCUUGCAACUCGCCGGCACUGCCGUGCAAGGUCUUUCUCGGUUUGAAGCCUGGAAUGUUAUCAAGGCAUUACCGGACGGGCCUGUCACUGUGGUCAUCAGAAGGAAAGGCCUCCAGUGCAAGCAGAUGACAGCUUCUGGGGACUCCUAGACAGGGUGCCGACGCCAAGACAAAGCAGGAGUGUGAGGCUCCCAUCACUGCCGAUUCUCAGGGUCUCUGCUGCCCACCUCACCCAGGCUGGGGAAAGCCCAGGUGUGCUUCUGGUAGCUGCUGCUCAGGUUUGGACCUUCCGGGACACCGUCCAUUGAGGGGGUCACACAGAGGUGAUUGAUACAAACCAUAGACUGUAUAUAGACAGCUUAGUGCCAAUAUUCUGGUGCCAUAAUAAAAUGGAUGUAUUGGAGUUUGCUAUGAAACCCAUGUCCUGAUUUGAACAUCACCCAGGUGCUUUGAAAGCCACCCCAUGACGGCAAGUUUCCUCUUAUGAAUUUGCAGAACAGGCAGGACUUGGAGGAGAGUUCCUUUUGGCCCUACUAAGCAUUAUCCAGUUGAAGAUGGGCUGGGCUGGGGCCCUAGGAAGGAAGGGUUGCUGCUGGUGCCUCUGGCUGCUGGCGCUGAGAAAUCUGUUCCUGGCCUGGGCUUCUGUACUAUGAUGUCUUGCUGCCUGGUGCACACACCAGAGCCAGGCAGGGGCUGCAUCUUUUUAAAUGGUCUGCCUUUGAAGUCGCAUGGCAUUGCUUACGCUGAGAGCAGGCACAGACCUGCCUGGGCUCAGGGAAAUGGGGGGAUGUUGUCAGGAGCAUUUUUUGUAAGAUGCAGCCUGUCACAAAGAACACUUUCAAACACUUAAAAAGAACACCUGUUUUUUUUUGCUUGGGCUGAGAAGUGAUCCUAGAAAGAGUGGGACCAGGGGAUAGAGGGGCAUGAAACAAGGACGGCCUAGGGAAGGCCUGGCAAGGAUCACAGACCAAACACCAUUUAUUUCAGGGUACUGCCAAUGGGGGCUUGCCAGUGUGACCUGCCAGCCUCUCCAGAAUCUUAAGUCGAAAAUGUUUGUUUGAAGUGGACUCAGAAACCCCUGCUGGGCUCCUCUCUUCCCCCUGCAAAGCCCUUCAGCGACUCUUGCAUAGCUCGGUCUCCCUUACUCUGAGAAAUGGCAGCCUAUGGCUGGAGCUGGCAUGCUUAUUUCUCCAGCCCACUUUAAAGUUUGUGCUAUAUAGUAGACAAGAAAAGGAAGAAUUCACGAUAUCGUUUAGAUCAGUCCUUUAGAUCUAUUAGGCGGUAAAUUUGAUCUAACAAUAAAAGGUAUGGGGCUGGGGAGACAGCUGUCAGGAAAGUGCUUGGCAUGCAAGCCUGGUGACUUGAACCUAACACCCAGAGACCAGAAAGACAAACACAAAUAAAACCAAACAACCAAACAGACUAAUGGAAACAAAAGAACCAGGUGUGGUGGCAUUCGCUUGUAAUCCCAGAUCCGGGGAAGCAGAAAGAUACAGCUCUCUGGAACUUCCUGGGCAUCCAGCCUAGCCUAUUUGGUGAGUUUCUCACCUGUCACAAAAACCAGGGUGGAUCACAGCCAACAGAAUGGUACAGCAAGUGGGCUUAACAUGGAGACAAAACCAGAGAGCAGGAAGAGAUCAAUAGGUGGUAUCCAAACCUCAGGGAAAACAGAGCAGGGGCAAGAAAGCCAUCUAGACCUAGAUGUGGGAAUAUCCAAACCAGCCCUAUCAAAGUGCAAAUGUGUUCUAGACUCCACACUCCAUACUGUGAACGAAUGGAGGAAGAGGAGAGGAAUUAUUAAAAUCUACUAAAGGGGCGAGGCUGGCUGGACUGUGAGGGGCACCACGUCGUCUCUGCAGUCUUCAAGCAAGCACACUGUCAGCCAACAGGGACCUCUCCUUUCGUGAUAAGAAAAGCAGGGAUUAAAUUUGAAAAGCUAAGGAGACAGCAUUUGUCCCUAUUGGAAUGGCUGCUUUUGUGGCAAUUGUUAGAUACUGUGGGCUUGCGCAGUUCCACAGCACGGGAGACAGCAUGGCCUGAUGGGACGGGGUGGGGGUGGGGGGCUCUUCUCCCCAGGGUCCCCCAUGCACACAGGGGCUGCUGGCCCCACUCAGAAUGACUCACACAGGUCACAAGAACUCCCGCUCCCUCCCAAAGAUACAGUUUGGUUUCAUGGGGACACAAACAUUAACUCACGACAGGACAAACAGGAAAAGACAAGUCUGAUGAAAAAUAAAAAAAAAUAAAAAAAAAUUAGGUAAAAAGUGUGUUUCCUUUAAGGCUUAUUCUGUGCUUUGAAACGUUUUCCAAGUUGACAU